AUGAUUCCUCGUACUAUUAUGGACGAAGCGUCCAAAAACAAAGCUGACCUUCCUCAGCCAAAAGCGAAUAAUAAACUACAAGGACAGCAAGUGGCUGCUCUUUUGAGAGAUAAACAUGAUUACGAUUAUGAUAUUUUUGGAAGCACACGACAAGAUAUUAGUCGUUCUAAUAGUGCUCCACCAACUCAAGUGGUAGAUCAGCUUGGUCGGUUUGAUCCUUCAGAACUAGAUAAUCCAUCACCUUCCGAUCCACGCUUAGAUCCUGACUAUCCGGCAUUUUAUUACAUGAAUUCUCGUCUUGAUCCUAGACUUCCCCCCCCUUUAUAUACUCCCGGUCAAUCUUGGCAAUUAUGGGCUGGUGGUGGUGGUUUGGGUGGGUUAAAUCAUAAACCAAAUGGUGCUCAAAUUCCCAAACCAAAAGUUUUAGAAAAAUUCCGUGGGAUGGAUGCUGACGAUGACUUUCUACGCGAACAUCCAUUGGAUCAAAGUUUAGAACCUGAAUCCCAUUCGACAAUUGGUCAGCAAGAUUACUCUAAUGAUCCUGGUACACAUACUGGUCAGUAUGAGCAAUUCGGUAAUCAGGGUGUUGGCAGUGCUGCAUCCCUUUGGAGGUCGGAAUUAUCAUCUCCACCACCUCAAGGUAUGAAUAACGAUCUACAUUCUCCGAACAAGAGAAAAAACCUCGUAAAGAUGAUUCAAGAGGAUUUUCCGAGAACACCUUCUCCUCUCUAUUCGAACGCCCGCCAACGACAAGCUGCUCUAGCAGAAGCAAGCUCUGCCGCUGCUGCUGAAUUGGGUAAUGAUGCCUUUGAUGUUGACUUUCGUUCCGCUCUUGAGCUCGAAGAAUCUCUCAACCAUCCGAACCAUUAUCAAAGUAAUUUGCGUGUCAAUUCUGGCGAUGAUAAUCAUGUUAAAUCUAUGAUUUCUGGUGUAGAAGAAUUUGAUCAUCGAAUAGGUUUUGGUAGAGGUGCUUCACCACCUCCACUUCGCACAAAAUUUUCACCUCCCCCUCGUGCUUCGUCAACACCUCCGACUCAAAAUCAUUUCCGUAAUCAUAGCCUUAAUUUCUCUCAAGAAUUUCAUGGAGACCUCACUCACUCUGAUCUCUUGUAUAAUAUCAAAAACCUUGAAGGAACUGAUGACUAUGAUACCAUUCAACAAGUGCAAAUUAUGCGACAACAACAAGCAAUUAAGCAGCAACAGCAACGUUUAAAGAUGCAACAAUCACAAUACAAUUCUUUAUUUAAUGAUAAUUCUUCGUCCGGUGGUUAUUCUCAAUAUGCACUUGAUCCUUAUUCGUCUGUAUGGGAUCCUCGAGAAGAGACUAUGUUAAAUAGAAAUAUCCUUUCCUCUGACAUGACAUACUCACGUAAUGGUUCUUUAAGUCUAAGUUCUGGUCGAAAUUCUAUUGAUUACCAAAAAGCGCUUCAGCAACAACAACUUGGUUUAGGAAGUUCUGGUACCAUGGGUGUUGGUCGUGAACAAUUAUUAUCAUCCGAAUACAGUUCUGGAAAAAAUAGUCCAUACUACGCUUCUGGUCUUAGCUCGGUGAGUGGUUUAGGUGGUACGACACUAAAUGCCCAAACCCGUGCUUCUCUAGCAGAGAAAAAUUUGCGAUUACAGUCGCAACAACUGUUACUUCAACAACAACAGUUAAAACAGCAACAAAUGAUGCUUGCUCGUGAACAAUUAUUAAGACAUCAUCAUUCUGCUGAAUAUUUGAAUGGUAUUGGUUAUGGCGGUAUUUCUAGUGGUCGCCGUAGUAAUGAUUUAAGUUCAAGUAUUUCCGACCCUGGUCACGGUAUGCGAAGCGCUCUAUUAGAAGAAUUCAGGAAUAACAAGAAUAAAAAAUACGAACUUAGAGACAUUGUCGGUAAUAUAGUAGAAUUCAGUGGUGAUCAGCAUGGUUCAAGAUUCAUUCAACAAAAACUUGAAACCGCUAAUAGUGAAGAGAAACAGUUAGUUUUUGAUGAAAUUCUACCUAACGCUCUUCAAUUGAUGACUGAUGUGUUUGGAAAUUAUGUAAUUCAAAAAUUCUUUGAACAUGGUAAUCAAAUGCAAAAGACAAUAUUGGCAAAACAAAUGGAAGGUCAUGUUUUAUCUUUAGCUUUACAAAUGUAUGGAUGUCGUGUUGUGCAAAAGGCACUUGAACAUGUUCUUACUGAGCAACAGGCUACUUUAGUCAAAGAGUUGGACGGUAAUGUGCUUAAAUGUGUCAAGGAUCAAAACGGAAAUCAUGUCAUCCAAAAAGCUAUUGAACGUGUCCCUGCAGAACAUAUUCAGUUUAUCAUAAAUGCUUUCCAUGGACAGGUCUAUAAUCUUGCGACGCAUCCAUAUGGUUGUAGAGUAAUUCAACGUAUGUUUGAACAUUGCACCGAUGAACAAACGAAGCCUCUACUGGAAGAACUUCAUCGAUAUACUCAAAAUUUAGUACAAGAUCAAUAUGGAAAUUACGUUAUACAACACGUUCUGGAACGUGGAAAAGCUGCCGAUAAAUCAAUGGUUGUUGCUAAAGUUCGUGGUAAUGUUUUGCAAAUGUCCAAACAUAAAUUUGCUAGCAACGUAGUUGAAAAAUGUGUUGCAUAUGGUAGCAAACGUGAUCGUCAAUUAUUAAUCGAUGAAGUUAUUCAGACCAAAUCUGAUGGUACUUCACCUUUGAUUUCGAUGAUGAAGGAUCAAUACGCUAAUUAUGUAGUCCAGAAGAUGCUUGAUGUAGUUGAUGGUGAUCAACGAGAUCUCCUUGUCGCAAAAAUUAAACCUCAACUGCAGUCAUUAAAGAAAUAUACAUACGGAAAACAUCUCAUUUCAAAAGUUGAAAAACUUAUGAUCCUCACAGAAAAUCAAAAGAAUCAAAAUGGUGGUAUCACUAACGAUGGUAUUUCAACCGAUAUCCUGACACCCACCAGUUCGCAUACUCCUCUCGGAACGUCUAAUAAUUCACCUGUCAUGUCUUCACCGGCAAUUGGAUCUGAUACAAAUUUACAUAUUGGUUCUGUUCCUCACAUUUCUGAAUAA